AUGUAUGAAGUACAAACGCCAAUCGUUUUCAAAAAAAGUAGUCCAAACUCAAAGAUAACAUGCUACCUUGGCAAACGCGAUUUUAUCGAUUAUAUGGAUCAUAUCGAUCCAAUCGAUGGUGUAGUAUUAGUUGACCCUGAAUACGUUAAAGAACGUAAAGUGUAUGCAUGUGUUUUGGCCGCAUUUCGUUAUGGUCGGGAAGAUUUAGAUGUAUUAGGUUUAACAUUUCGAAAAGAUUUAUUUUGUUCAACCCAACAAAUAUAUCCACCCAUGGAUGAUCAAAAAAAACCAUUAACACAUUUACAACAACGAUUGCUGAGAAAACUAGGGCCAAAUGCUUAUCCAUUCUAUUUUGAAAUGCCGUCAAAUGCUCCGUCCUCUGUGACAUUACAGCCAGCCGCUGGUGAUACUGGAAAACCGUGUGGUGUUGAUUAUGAAUUAAAAACUUAUGUGGCUGAAACUGUUGAAGAAAAACCACACAAAAGAAAUUCCGUCCGACUGGCUAUUCGAAAACUGACAUAUGCACCUGAAACUCCUGCACCGCAACCUGUCAUUGAAGCUCAUAAAGAUUUUAUGAUGUCACCAGCGCCUUUACAUCUCGAAUGUACAUUAGAUAAAGAGGUAUUGAAACAAUAUGCUGAAAUAUGUAUGUUUACAAAUGCACAUUAUAAAUGUACAGUUGCUGAAUUAGAAACAGACGAAGGUUUUCCAAUUACACCAUGUACAAAUUUGACAAAAGUUUAUUCACUAAUUCCCUUAUUAGUCAAUAAUAAAGAUAAACGGGGACUAGCAUUAGAUGGAAAAUUAAAACAUGAAGAUACAAAUUUAGCGUCUUCAACAAUUAUUCGGAAUGCAACACAAAAAGAAAAUUUAGGUAUUAUUGUUCAAUAUAAAGUAAAAGUGAAAGUUAUUGUGGCUAUGGGAGGUGAUUUAGCUGUCGAAUUGCCAUUCACAUUGACACAUCCUAAACCGCCUCCUACUCCACCACCAUCACGUCAGAUCGAAUAUUCAACAUCUUUCAACCAUCAUGGAUCCGGUGAUAAUAAUAAUGAUAUACCUGUCGAUCAUAAUCUAAUACAAUUAGAUACAAAUUAUGGAAGUGCUGGUCAAGAUGAUGAUUUUAUUUUUGAAGAAUUUGCACGUAUACGACUGAAAGGACACGAUGGAGAUGACACGGAAGCAUAA